AUGUCAACGCGGACGGAGCGUCAGGAUAACAAGGCUCUUAAUGACAAACAUACCAAGAUCCUCAAGGAGCUGAUGAUGCAGAGUGAUAACAGAAAGUGUAGCGACUGUCGCAAACGAGAUCCUCGCUGGGCUUCGUGGAAUCUGGGCAUCUUCUUUUGUAUUCGCUGCAGUGGAAUUCAUCGAUCUCUUGGUACUCAUAUCUCCAAGGUCAAAUCUGCUGAUUUGGAUACCUGGACACCAGAGCAGAUCGAGAACAUGAAACGUUGGGGAAAUGCCAAAGCCAAUCUGUACUGGGAACAUGAUUGGCCUCGUGAUAUGGAGCCUCCAGAGUCAAACAUUGAUCAGUUUAUUCGUGCCAAGUAUGAACGCAAGCAGUAUUGCAUGAAGGGGCCUAUUCCCGAUCCAGAUACGCUGGGUGUUGGCAAUACUCGCAAAGAUGUUGCUGUUACUAAUGUCGUAAAGCCGAGCGAAACAGGAUCUGCCAGUUUCGAUCUACUCGGUACUGGAUUUCCCUCAACCAAUCAAAAACCUGCUCCGACUACGAGCUCUUCGUCAGCAUCCCAGCAAUUAUUUGAUGCGUUUCAAUCUGCUCCUACUUCAUCGAGUCAACAGCAGCAGCAGCAGGCUCAAACCUCGAUGAAAAGCUCGAUCCUGUCACUUUAUGGAGCACCAUCCCCUGUUCGAGCUGCUAAUAUGGCUACUUCUCCCAUGCCAUAUUCAUUCCCAGCUAAUAGUGGCAUGAGCGCACAGAUGCCUGCUCAGAUGCCUGCUCAACCAGCUUCCCAAAAUUUUGCUAGCUUUGCUUCUAUUCCAUCUCAAUCUAUCCAACCAUUGCAUGCAUCUCAAUUACCAUCUGGAUCAGCAUCUUUGUUUUCAUCGAAUAUUUCAGCGGUUGCUCCACAACCCGCUACAAUGAAAGUAGGCUUGGGAUCUGGAAUGAGUCCAUUGACAAACCAGCCUACAAUGACUCCGACCAAUGCAUUUGGUGAUUUUUCCAACUUCUCUUCCUCGAAUAGUGCUGCAGUUCCGCCAAUGCAAACUUCGCGAUCAUCAUUUUCCGAUUUUGGUGGCUUUCAAUCUGUACCUGCUAUACAACGUAUUGUCGAUCUCCCGUCUAACCCAGUAUCCACACACGCUGCACCACCAACGCAGAAAUCAAGCGGUAUCCCUGACUUUGCCGGAUUCUCUAUCCCAUCAAAUGGUAGCAGUGUACCCAAUGCCAGUUUUUCUGUAUCUAAACCCAUUUUUGGAAACUCACCUCCUCCACGAGAUACAACUCAGGAUGAAUGGUCUGCAUUCCAAUGAGGCAAUUCUAUUGCUCCAUGUUUGUUUUGUUGGGCUUGAGCAUCCAUAUCCAGCAAUAUUGAAUGGCUUGUCGUUCACAAAAUUAGCUAAAAUAAAAUUUUGGUUUGAAAUCUA